CUUCCAACAAUUUUCAAAUGCUUUGGCCCUAGUGUCUGGUUUUCGAGACUUGUGCAAUCAUCAUCAUGGGACUUUUAUACUGAAAUCUAUCAUGUUGAGGUGUAGAAAGUGAGCUUGUUCGAAGGCAUCAACGAUUUGCCGGCAAGUAGCGCACUCAGUUGCAUUUUCAUGGAACUAGGGUGGGGAUAAUGAAUUAAACCAGAACGUACAUUCAGUUUGCGGUCUGGUCUGUCCUAUUUAGGGAAUUAACUGUAAGCCUACUUUGUGCUUUUCCAUAGUAUUAUCUGUUUAUUAAGUAACAUUUUGCGAAGAUGUCUGUGGUAGGAUUCGACGUCGGGUUUCUGAACUGCUAUGUUGCGGUAGCUAGAGCCGGAGGAAUAGAAACUGUAGCCAAUGAAUACAGUGAUCGAUGUACACCAGCAUGUGUGUCAUUUGGACCACGGAAUCGAUCUAUUGGUGCAGCUGCAAAAAGCCAGGUCGUCACAAACUGCAAGAACACAGUCCAAGGGUUCAAGAGAUUUCAUGGCCGGGCUUUUUCUGAUCCGUACAUCCAGCGUUUGAAAUCCAGCCUUGUUUACGACUUAGCGCAGAUGCCUUCGGGCACCACUGGCAUCAAGGUGAUGUACAUGGAGGAGGAGAAGGUGUUCAGCAUUGAGCAGGUCACUGCCAUGCUUCUGACCAAGAUGAAGGAGACAGCUGAGCAUGCACUGAAGAAACCUGUGGCUGACUGCGUGGUCUCUGUCCCCUGCUACUACACGGACGCUGAGAGGAGAUCAGUGGUGGACGCAGCACAGAUCGCUGGACUCAACUGUCUGAGGCUCAUGAAUGAGACAACCGCAGUGGCGUUGGCGUAUGGAAUCUAUAAGCAGGACCUCCCUGCUCCAGAGGAGAAGCCCAGGAUUGUGGUGUUUGUAGACAUUGGACACUCUGGAUACCAGACCUCUGUCUGUGCCUUCAACAAGGGCAAGCUGAAGUUCUGGCGACGGCCUGCGAUCCGGAGCUGGGCGGAAGGACUUUGA